AUGACAUUUGCAUGUGACUCUUAUUUUUCAAUGUUGGUUGAACGAGCCGUAGCACUGUGGAAGCGCCACCGCUACGAGUCCUAUGGUCCUAAACUGGGAAUAAUUUCAGCUCUGAUUUCGAUAAUAGCAUCGUUAGCUGCAAUGACGUGGGCGGUUCAGGAUGAAGACUUCAAAUCCCAUUCCUUUUAUUGUUCCGCGAUUACCGUGAAAACAGUCGACCGAAUAGCGCACCUGUCCUAUGCGCUUUGUGUAAUAGACGUGGUAACCCUUGUCGGGAUUGUCUCCUUGAAUAUCAUCAAUAGCUAUGCAAUGAAGUGGUUCAGAAAGUCACACAGCCUACAGUCAUAUCAGUUACGUGAAAAUGCUAACGUUAUUCGAGUGAUGCUGCCACUGACCAUUUUCCAAACAAUGUGCUAUUUAUUGUUCACGAUUGGAAGCCCUCUAAUUAUCUCACUUCGUACUCACAUGUCAUUGGUCACAUUCCAAACGCUCCUCACCUCGGCUUAUGUGAGUGAUUAA